AUUAUUGUCCUCGUCGUUCCACAUGAUGGCGGCGCUCUCGACAGAGGUCUGUGUAUGUGCGGAUAUGGCUCUUUGGAGUCUGCGCGGCGAAGACAAACACCAGAACUAUGCUCUGGACCGUCGUGAGCUCUGGGGCAACUGUGGCGCGGGGCGGAGUCGGUUAAGCCGCAGUGACGUGGGGUCGAGAUCAGGGAAUGUGCAGGAAAAGCGCCUUGAAGGCUGUCGCCAUUCUCUGGGGAACACGCUGCAAGAGGUUGUCAAGGGAGAGCAUCCAAGGCUUCGACGACGAUUGCAGGCAGAAGCGGAGAGACAGUCUGGCGAAGCUCCGGUGGUUUCUGAGGUUAAAAAGAAGCCCUGCCACCUUGAUGACGAUACUCCGCGCACGGACCACCUACAUCACCAGGCACUGCAACGAACCUGUUCUUGGAUGUACCUCGCCUCGUACUCCAUGCUGUUCAUGUUCCGCAUUCAACCCUGCGGCAAAUCCCUGCAUCCAACAUGCAGGUGCCGACACUUCGUUUCCACAUUGGCUUUCAUUGCCUAGAGAACCGUAUCGUGAAACGGAACUUUAUAUUUUCUAUUUUCAUGAAUGCAAGAUACAUAUAUACCUAGGAAACCAAGACCAAGCGCCUAUUAGGUUCUGUAUAGGCCGUGCGCCGUUUUAUCUUCGUCUUCAGCGCGGACAUCGCUGGCACCAACACUCCAUACCAUGUCGCAGCUUGACGAAUCUCCUUAGACACCUUUGCAUGCCUAUUCGCAUCGCAUUCUCUUAGUCACUGUCUACAAAAUGAAAUCUCAUCUCCAGCCAUGCUGCCACCGGUUGUGCAGGAGUAUCCAGACAUGUCAACUCUUCAAACGAUCUGGAAAUGUAUCAUGAUGUCUUGCAGAAUUGCAACUAAAGCCAAAAGACUCAAUAUAUUUCAGUACUAAGCUAAAUUAACUUCAUAGUCCUUGCAGUCAUGCUGACUACAA